GGUUGCUGCCCUGGACCAUUCACCCACAACCUCUUCAGCACAGCCUUCAUCUCCUGCCUUUGCUGUAUCUGGCUGACUGACUCCUGCCAAGAUGUCCUGCCAGCAGAACCAGAAGCAAUGCCAGCCUCCUCCCAAGUGCCCCUCCCCCAAGUGCCCCCCAAAGAGCACAGCACAGUGUCUGCCUGCAGCCUCUUCCUGCUGUGCUACAAGCUCUGGGGGCUGCAGUGUUCCCAGCUCUGAGGGAAGCUGCUUCCUGAGCCACCACAGGCGCAGGUCCCACAGAUGCAGGCACAGGAGCUCCUCCAGAUCCUGUGACCGUGGCAGUGACCAGAAGUCAAGGGGCUCAGAUUGUGGCCACAAUUCUGGGGGCUGCUGCUGACCUGAACAGUGAAGUUGGGAAAAGAAACAUCAUCAAAAUCAAGUCUGAGAAACUUCCCCAACAUGCUCUCCUCGUUCCCAGCUUCCCUGUUACCUUUAAGUGCUGAGAUGUCCCAUGGGAGCUCAGAGCUCUCCUGGCUCUUCCUGGGCUCGGGAUGCCCACAGAGCAAUCACUCUGCUAAUUUGAGAGUUUGUGAUAACUUCCUGGUCAGUUAUCAUUCUGUACUCAGCCCUGUGGAAAGUAAAGGACUUGUUUACCAA